AGGCGCUUUUUCCGCCCUUUUUGCCUGAAAAUUGCGUGGUCGUACUUGCACGCCUUGAUAUAUACAGAACUGGAUGUGGAAAAAAAUUGCUGAGAAAUUCCUCUUCAUUAAGGAGGGUUCUCGAACAAUCUCGAUCAUAGACGAAACGGUGACUCCACUGUCCAGGUCGUCCUUUGUUUUGCCCUGUCGAAUCUUCGAUACAUGUUUUUAUUGUUGCCGGAGUAGUUGGUGGGAUAUUACGCCCUGUGUCACCAUCCGCAUCACCUUUCUAGGAAGUUUUAUAAAGCGACAUUUCGGCUGAUUACAGUGGAUAUUGUUAGAAAAUGGUUAUCAUCACCUCGAUGCCUGAAACUGAGGAACCGGCAGAAUCGGGGACCGAGAGCCCCGACGACUCGGGUGAACCUCCCAAGAUGAUGUCCACUAAUGGCGAACUGGGGUCCCUCGUGGACUUCAACAAGAAGGCUUCCGCCGCCACCAUCAUCAACAAAAUUAACAAUGCUUCGUACGCCUCUUCCUCCGAGAAGAUGAUGAAGAGCAGUAGUUCCUCAUCUGAGAAGAUGGUGAAGAGCAGCAGCUCAUCGUCCUCCACGUCCAGCAGCUCACUGCUCAGCAAGAAAGCUCAGAUCCUACACUCCACUGUCUCCACACAGGAGCUGAAGCAGCAGCAACAAGCGCAACAGCAGAAUGAGAUGUUCCAGGAGAACAGAAACUUCUGUCGUAGCGUGAGCGUCACAAGUAACUCCAGCACGAGUUCCGAUUCCAGACUCAAAAUGGUCAGCAACUCGACCGCCUCCCAGGGACUGGUUUCCACGGGGCUAGUUCAAAGAGGGCUGUCCGUGGACGAGCCCCUGGACGAAGAGGAGCUCGUUCUUCGAGAAUCUUCUCCGCAAGAAAUGAAAUUCGAACAGAAAAGAAUCAGUGCCUCAUCCAAAAUGAAAGUGAGCACUUCGGACGGCUACACGGCAGAAAAGAUGGCAGCUACGAAUCAGGAGAGGAAGAGACUGCAGACGGGCAGUGUCAGUUACGAAGAAAAGUCGGCGUCUGCGGCCAUGAAACAGAAAUUAGAAACAGACGGUUUUUCGGCAGAAAAGGUCGCUGCUGUCAGACAAGAUCAAGUGCAGCUGAAAACAGCCGAUUCGAUCCAGCAGCAGCAAAGAACGGCCACGGCAGCUUCUAUGAAGUUGUCUACUGAUGAAUUCACCGCUGAGAAGAUCGCCAUGUCGAAGCAGGAAGAGAGACACCUGUUCUCGCAAGGGAUGGUUCAAGCGGAGAAAAAUAUGUCUUCAUCAUCAUCUGCCAAAAUGACUUUCACUUCAAAAGGAGUCAGUAGAUCUUCCAUUUCCAGUCAAAAUAUUCAUCAAGUGGACUUCGGGAACAUGUCAUCUCUAGGAAUGUCUUUCGGGGUUAUGCCUGGAGAUAGUAUCGAAUCUUUUGGAUUCAACGAAAACCAAAAGCUUGCGAUUUUACAAGGACUGGAGGAGGAUGUUCAAAUACUCAGUGAUGAUUCCUCUUCAUCAGACGUGGACAAAGCUAAGCUUCGUUUCGAAAGCAGGAUGAUUACCUGUGUAGAAAAACUGAAGACGGCCCUCUCCGUGGAAGAGGCGACCACAUUAUUGAUGACCAUGAGUGAUCUUUUCAGGAAAGCCUGGGCUGUUCCUAACUACGGACAUGAUUUAGGAACGAGAUUAUGCAAUAUUAUGCGCGAACGUGGCGGACUCAAAAUAAUCGUCGACAACUGUAGCUCGGAAAAUGCUGACCUACAAUUCCGCAGUGCGGAACUGCUAGAACAGUGCAUGUCUACAGAAAACAGAACUUAUGUGGUACAAAAUGGUCUGCAGAAAGUCGUCAAAGUGGCAUGCUCUUGUAGCAACAAAACUGCAGUGUCACAUUCUCGGGUUGGCACUGGUCUUCUCGAACAUCUUUUCAAACAUUCUGAGUCAACGUGCAGUGAAGUGAUCCGAAGAGACGGUUUGAAAUCCAUUAUUUAUAAAUGCAGGACGUCCGAUGUUGAGACGCUUAGGCACUGCGCCACUGCUCUAGCCAACUUGUCCCUUUACGGUGGACCCGAGAACCAAGAAGCCAUGAUCAAGCAUGAAGUGCCUGUGUGGUUAUUCACUCUUGCCUUUAACAAUGAUGACAAUAUCAAAUACUAUGCCUGCCUCGCUAUCUCUUCGCUGGUUGCCAACAAAGAGAUUGAAGCUGCUGUGCUGAAAUCCGGUACCUUAGAUCUCGUAGAACCUUUUGUGACAAGCCAUAGUCCCGAAGAAUUUGCCAAAAGUCAUGUGGGACAUGUUCAUGGACAAUCAAAAAAUUGGUUGCAAAGGUUGGUGAACGUUUUGGACAGUAAAAGAGAAGAGGCUAGAAGUCUUGCAGCAUUCCAUUUCGCCAUGGAGGCGGGAAUCAAAGAAAAACAAGGAAAUACUAUAAUAUUUCAAGAAAUUGGAGCGGUGGAUGCAUUGAAGAAAGUAGCUAGCUCACCAAAUGCUAUUGCUUCUAAAUUUGCUGCACAAGCUUUGCAAUUAAUUGGUGAAGAACUACCUCAUAAAUUAUCUCAACAAGUCCCUCUGUGGACAGAAAUAGACGUUAAAGAGUGGGUGAAACAAAUUGGUUUUGAUGCGUACACGAAUGAAUUCCUUAGCAGUCGCGUAGACGGUGAUCUCCUGCUGCAGCUAACAGAAGACAUGCUCAAAGAAGAUAUAGGCAUAAGGAACGGCAUCUUAAGGAAAAGGUUUCUGAGAGAGCUGAAUCAGCUGAAGCGAAUGGCAGACUACACAUCGUGCGAUUCCACUUACCUGAACCAAGUGCUUCAGUCCCUGGGUCAAGAAUUCUCUCAGUAUACUUACCAGAUGCUCCGCUGCGGCGUCCAGAAAGAAACCCUCAAAUACAUAUCCGAAGACCAUUUGGCAGAAGUUUGCGGAAUCGAUAACAGCAUACACAGGCUAAGAAUAGCGCAUGCAAUAAAAGGUCUGGCCCAGCAAAGCGAAGACGCCGAAGAGGAAGAUGACAAACAAAAAAGCCUGGACGUCUUCGUCAGCUACAGAAGAUCAAAUGGCUCUCAGUUAGCGAGCUUGCUGAAAGUUCAUCUGCAGCUGAGGGGCUUCUCCGUGUUCAUCGACGUCGAGAGACUGGAGGCGGGCAAAUUCGACAACAAUCUACUCAACAGCAUUCGGCAAGCCAAACACUUUCUCCUGGUGCUAACACCCAAUGCCUUGGACAGGUGCAUGAAUGACACCGAAUGCAAAGACUGGGUCCACAAAGAAAUAGUUGAAGCACUACAAAGCCAAUGCAAUAUCAUUCCAAUUCUGGACAAUUUUCAAUGGCCAGAGCCAGAAACAUUGCCAGAAGAUAUGAGAGCUGUCUGUUAUUUUAAUGGUGUCAGGUGGAUUCAUGAUUACCAAGACGCAUGCGUGGACAAGCUAGAAAGGUUUAUGCGGGGAGAAAUGAACGUGCGAAGUGACGGGCCUUUAGGCCGCUACGUGGGCAUCGGCGGAGCUGGCACUCCCGGCACACCGGGGAACUCCAACGCAAUGACCAACAGGGGGAACCCAAUCUAUCAGAGGAGUGCAAGCAACGACAGUAACAAAGGCAGCACGUGCUCGGACAAAGAGAUCAACGGAAGCAAUGGCAUGAGUAGAAUGAGCGAGGUGUCGCAUUGUUAAUAUUAUUAUUAGGAUAUUAGAUUUCAUAUCCUCUCAGAACUGCUUAAACAAGAGAAAAAGAACAUUUUUUUGCAAAGAACAAGAAAUAUGUUAUGUUUUACAUAUAAAAUGCAUUUUUGUUUACAAUGGGAGUCAAUUUUUAAAAUAAAAGCUUAAAAUCAA